AACAUAUUUUCUUGCUUCUGAGAAUUUCUACCAAAAUCCGACAAAAAUGGAAGGUCUUAGAAGAGCAGAGGUGAUCGAUACCAAGAGGUGUUCGAAGCUGCGCGUGGAGCUCACGCCCUCACUACGUGGCAGUCGCAUAUCGGAGCCUUUUUCUCCUGCCACCACCAACACUUCCUCCCGGUUCCAACCACCUGUUCGAUCCGAUGGACCUUUCUCUGGUCUAAUCAUCUGCGUAACUGGUCUCUCUAAAGAAGCAAGGAAACAGGUUAAGGAAGCUACAGAGAGACUUGGUGUUAAGUUGAGUGAGUCUUUCUACGUGGUCAAAAAGCCCGGAGACACUAAGGUGAAUGUAGAUGGAUCUAAAUCGGUUUACGCGGUAGAAAAACCACAUAGAGGAAUGCAAGGAACAGAGUUCACAGGAAGCAAGGACUUGGCCUUGUCAGGCUAUUCAGUUUUUAUCGAUCCUGAUAUUUCAGAAGAAGUGAGACGCGGGGUUUCACAGGUGGCUGUUGAAGGAGGUGCCAAGCUUAUGAAUCAAUGGUUCAUUGGAUGUAAUGCAAGUCAUGUUGUAUGUGAAGCUGGUUCUGUUUUGAGAUAUCUUGGUCACUCGAGCAAUCUAGUUACACCAGUAUGGCUUCAGAAGAUGUUGGAAGAGAAACCAAUGCAAAAUCUAGUUCGAAUGUCAGCGGAUCUGGCAAGAGAUCUUAGGACAAUGCUUGAGAAUCUUGGGAAGGGAUCCCGCAUGGAAUGCGUUUUUGAAGAUGCCUCGAUGUUAACAAAUAGAACGACAACACAUAAAGAAAGGCAGAAGAUUGUGGAAUCCGCCAAAAAGGCUGUCACAAAUCGCCACGCAAAGGCAUUUCAUCUUCUCUAUAUUUCAUCUUCGGAAACCAACCUAUCGCUAAACCGCACUCUAUUUUCUUCGUUCUUCAAACAGAUGGGCAAGAUGCUGAUCCAGCCGAAUCAGACCAGCCUUCUAGAUUCUAUUUGUUGGACAGUAUCUGAACCAACCUCAACAGCUAGUGUUAUCAUAGAUAGUUUUAACAACAACGAAGAUAUCGAAAGAAAAUCUUUAUCUGCCUUCUUUGAUGAUAAAACCAAUGAUUCAUUCACUCACUCUAUGAGACUACUCACAGAAAGUGAGAGAACGGAAUUGGUAUACAAAAACCAUUUUAUAACACUACUACUUCCAAUUGAUUGGUAUGGUGAGAUGGGACCUUCUUCCAGGUCGUAUUUCAGUGAAACCGGCUUUACAUGUCAACAGAUUCUACAACAGAUCUAUGCAUUCUAUCAGGAAAACAUGUCCGAGGAGGAAAUCAAAGCAGCAAUUCACACCAACUCAAGGCAGAGUGAAAAGCUCCGAGCAGUGGACUCGAUGAUAAAAGGCGGGAAGACUGUAUUCAAACGGAUUCAGUUUCUUGGAUCCCGGAAAGGCUUUGAGAUGCUUAAACGUGUUAGUAGCUUCAACUGUAGUAAUGUCUAUGAACUUAUCAUUAAGGGAUAACAGUUGACAGAUAAAUUAGAUAUUCAGAU